CGCAGUCAUACAGUGAGAUAAAGACAUAGGAGAGCAGAUGGAUCUGGACUAGAGUUUGGGAUUGUCACAAAAGGACCUUCAAACACAUCAAUGGGGUAGCUAUACAGCCACAGUUCACUCCUGGGAUGCUUAUAUAAACACGAUGAAGUGUAUCAAGAGGCCAAGAGGGAACCCAUACCAGUAAUAUUUUGAAUAUGUGGCAUUGAAGUGGUAAGAAGCUGACUAUGGGUGACUGGAACCUGCUGGGCAGCAUCCUAGAAGAGGUCCACAUUCACUCCACCAUUGUGGGCAAGAUCUGGCUUACCAUACUCUUCAUCUUCCGUAUGCUGAUUCUGGGAGCGGCUGCUGAGGAUGUAUGGGAUGAUGAGCAGUCCGAGUUUGUCUGCAACACUGACCAACCAGGCUGCAAGGCAGUCUGCUAUGAUCGUGCAUUCCCUAUCUCCCUCAUUCGCUUCUGGGUCCUGCAGGUCAUCUUUGUGUCUGCACCCUCCUUGGUCUACAUGGGUCAUGCUCUCUACUGCAUACGUGCAAUGGAGAAGGAACGUCACCGCCGACGGGCCCAGCUGAAGGAGGAGAUGGAUGAGGCUGAGUUAGCAUUGGAUGAACAUAAACGCAUGGAGAAGGAACUGCGGAGGCUGGACGAGCAGAGGAAGGUGAAGAAGGCUCCUCUCAGGGGCUCUCUGUUGAGAACCUAUAUCAUUCAUAUCCUUACACGCUCUGUGGUGGAGGUCUGCUUCAUCCUGGGCCAGUAUAUACUCUAUGGUGUCCAACUGGAGCCACUCUAUAAGUGUGAAAGACUGCCUUGCCCCAAUAGCGUAGACUGUUACAUCUCUAGGCCCACAGAGAAGACCAUUUUCAUGGUCUUCAUGAUUGCCAUUGCUGGUGUGUCACUUUUCCUAAACAUUCUGGAAAUAUCUCAUUUAGGCAUCAGGAAAAUCAAGCAUGCACUGAAUGGAGAGAGGUACAUGGAAGAUGACAGUUUGAUUUACAAGUCCAAGAAGAAAGCAUCUUUACCACACCUGUGUGUAAUGAGCAAUAUAUCACCUCAAAAUGGGCCUUUGACUCAGACCUUCAAAGUGAUUCCAGAGGCUGACAUGAAGCCUCCUCAUUACAACAGUGGGCUCAAAGCCAACCAGGAAGCACUAAGACACAACAGCCUUGCUCAUCUGGGACACACUCAGAGCAGUUAUAUCUGUCCCCAAUCUAGGAUGCCACCCAGGUCUGGUCAGAACUGCACAAUCCAAAUCCCCCAAAGCAAUGAAGGUUCAGAGGUCCAUACAGCCAUGAUGGACCACCAUCCAGCCUGGACUUCUGUUAUGCCCACUGUGGAAGUGAACACAACUAAACAUGAGAACGCCCAAGAGACAGAGCACCUUCCCCCUAGCCAUUUGGAAGUUCUGCUGUCCAGUAGCACCUUAAGGCCCAGUGCUAUCAGACACCUUAAUGAAGAUGACAGAAGAGAGUCGGUGGGGAGCGAGCACUUGAUCCCCAAUCCAAGGAAGACCAGCUUCAUGAUCAGGCCACCAUCUGAAAGCUUGUCCUCCGUGAGUGGCUCCACAAGUCCCUCCUUACAUACCUCAGAGGAGUCAGAUGAACUGGGCUCCCUUCAGGGAGACAUGCCCAUGAUGCCGCCUGCUGGAGGUCGAAGAAUGUCAAUGAGUAUGUUUCUGGAUAUCUCCUCUAUCAUGAAGAAGUGAAGAGAAAAGGCUAACAUUGUGGCUGUAGCAGUUGUGUUCCACAGCCUAGUCGAGUGACAAAUGGGUGAAACUGUAUCAAUGAUCCAGCCAUCAGCAUUGAUCUACCACUCAAGUCACAUGGGGCCAAAACUUGUCAGUUAGCCACGAUGAAGCAGUGGACUGAAUGCCAAAGCCCAGUAUGUUUUGGAUUUGAAGCACCUUACAAUGUCUACAUUUGGGUACUAAAAAGAAACAACUGUAUGUUCUUAAAAAUGUGCACAUUUUCAAUGUGUUGACUGAGUCUUUUGGACUGUGCUGAAUCAACAUUAAUAAUUAUGGAGCAUAAGCCUCAGAGGAUCUGUUUGCUUCCGUAACAUGUACUUGAUUAGAAUCUGUGUGUAUGUGUACAUAGACAUUUAUACAGUCAUUUCAUGAAAAACUAUGAUACUUUCUAUUAUAUUCAAAUUAAAUGAUUCUUAACAAAACACAAAGAAUUUUCCAACAGGUAUUUUAUCAAAAUCUACACACCAACACCACACUGUGUAAUUUUCAUGCUUUUUGUUUAAUUUCUUAACAAAACUGCCUCAAAAAAAUGUUGUAUUUUUUACUUCAAAAUUUUGCAAUAUUUUCAUUCAGAUAAGUAAGAGAUGACAUGUUGCACAAUACUUACAAAAACCUAAUCACAAUACAGCUCAUUUUAACAGUUAAACAUAAAACAAGACAAUUAAAAUUGAAUCUGCAUGUAACAGUCAUGUUUCAGGUCCUCAAAAAGUGAAGUGUAAAAAAUGUGUCACCAAAAUCUACAAAUACAAUGAUGUAACCACUGUAAAAAGUUAGAAAACACAUCACAUACACUGUCUACAUGUGGAUCAUACAGUUCUUACCCAUAAGAAGAGAUAUGCUGAAUACUGUUGUCAUGUGUAAUAACUGUUAAUUUAAGGUUUCAAAAUCCGAAUCUGAGAUUCAAGUGGUUUUCAAUUAAUGUGCCCUGUAAACGACUGGAAAAAAAGCUACUUCCACUAGUCUGCCACCAUGCACUGUAAUUGUAAAUUGAUGCAUUUUAUUAGAAAAUACUCACUCCAAAAUAUCCUCCCAUAUCCCCAUUGCUCAAAGUUUAAAGAAAUAACUGUUGUGCUAUUACCGCUGCAUUUAAAGUUAUUGGAAAGUUGGAAACUCAAACAUUGAUUUGGAAAAAACGCACUGCAGUUGGUCAAGUAAAAAUUCAAAGUAGAAGAGUUUAGUCAACUUCAGUUUGUUGAUUUGAGUAAUCUAGUGUGAGCCACUGUUGCUCUUUUAUCGGGCACAGUGGUAGAAGAGUCUGAAGGUAGUACUAUGUUCCUUUCGAUUCUAUUUUUCACGACUUUUGAUUUAUGAUUGUUGUGGGGUUACAGAUGCUCCAUGCUAACUAAUACUGUCAGACAAUGAUAUUCUUUGUAAACUUAUAAAGUCAAAGUAACACAUGCCACUUAUUUAUCCAUAAUGUUUCGUAAAAACACAAAUGAUGCAGAACAUUGCAAAAAAUAGUACUAAAGAACGCAUUAUAGUCAGAUUAAUAGUUUUUGCUUUGUUUUGUUUUAAAGGGAUCGAUUGCUGUAAAAUGAUUUGAUGCUUCAUUUUGAUAUUUAUUCAAAAAUAAUUAUAGCAUCUGAUUAAUUACAGCAAGUAAAUAUGAACUUUAUCCAAGGGUCACUUAGAACACCAUUUGGCAAAAAGAAAAGGAUAAAGGACAGAAAAAAGAUAGGACAUUGUAUUACAUAAUCAUAUGAAUAAAUACAGAACAAAUAUUUGAUGUAACCAUAAAACCAAUGAAAAUCAAACACAUUUUAAAAAUGUAUUACAGGCCAUUUUUCAUCGUUAAUUCAUUUCUCAUAGUUAUUUUCAAUGUUUUCACAACAUCAUUGGUUAAUUAUUGUAAUUAUUAUACUUAUGUAUGGUUACCAAAAUAUUUUUGCACAUUUUUAAUCAUAUAUAUUGAACACUGGGUCCCCAUACGUCAGUAUUUUUUCACAGAUGAAGGCUUUCUGAAUAUUCAAAAGAAAAAAAUAAAUAAAGUCAGACUCUCCUUCUUGAGGCUUGACCUCACACAAAUGAAAUCCUGAUCUUGAAUAAAAUCCUCACUUCCCUUCUUGCAUAGUUGGGCCUCUAUAACCUCUAAGGCAAGAAAUUGUAGCUGCACUUGCCAGAAUACUAUUCUUCUCAUAAAAUCGUAAACAGUUUGAAGUAAUAUUAAAAAGGAGCUUCAUCACCUUUCCUGUUCUAAUUUUUUAUCAGUUUCAAAUAAAUCUUUACAAAAUGAAAACAAGAAGUGAUCCACAAAAUUGUAAACUAACUUACACCCUUUAGGUCAAAACAUUCCAGCUUAAGUACAUGUGUGAUCUGUAAACAGAGACUUAUUAUUCAUUAAAUUGUCAAUAAUAAAAAAUACAACCAUAACAAAUGUAGAAAUAUAAAUAAAUAAAUAAAAUCCACACACCAUCAUAAUCUCCAACAAGAGUCCAUAUAAAUAAACAUACAAAUUGAAAUUAAACAAUUAGAGGAAUCUGACAAUCAGUUGAAGAGUGUCUACAUGUUUAUUAUUUUCUAACACUGUGUUGUAGUAGUAUUGUGUGUUGGAUCUAUUUACAUUUUCUUUUGAUUGACUAUACAUCUUGUCUCUUAAAGCUAGCAUGGCCAAGCUGCCAUCAUCUACUUUUACUUUUUCAAUUUUUUUUUCAAUUUCAAAACAUCCCCUCCUCUUUCCAGAACAAAAAAAAAUGUAUAUUUACAAAAUCUCACAGGGGAAAAAAACAACUCUUUAUUUUAAGGGUUAUCAAUCAAUAUCUGAACAAUCAAGUGCAAUGAAUUAUUGCAAUAUUAUUUUGUAUCAAAUUCUAAUUGUAAUUGUCAGCAUUCACAUGCUGUGGACAUGAACCACUGUGAGUAUUAGGCAGCGAUAAAGCAGACAGCAACAGCACUCACCUCUGCCACGUGCUCAGGAAUUGACUUUUCAACAGAUUAAUUUGGUGUCUCUCUCAGUCAAUAAUGUGCCUGUGUGUUUGUUUAGAUCUUUGAACUUCAAACCAUGCACUAUUAGGGCUACUGAUUUGUCUGUAGAAAUUUAUCUGUUUGCUUAGUAUUUGAAGAAAUGCACAUAUGAUGUGUGAAUUUUAAAAUUUAGGUGUCUAACACCAGUAUACUGUACCAAAGAUUUUUAGUAAGGCAAUUUUUCUUCUGUACAAAACAAGAAUAGUGCAGCUAAGUACAACACAACUUUAAGUAUAAGCACUAUAAUUAAGUGAAUAAAUAAAUGAGCU